CCUGAGAGCAAGGGACAAGUUGGAUUUUCAGUACAGCAGUGCACAACAAGCAACUGCUCGUUCCCUUGAUCGAUCACACAUCACAGCGCAGCUGGCAGUCUAUGCAGCGCGCCAGGCCCGGGGAGCUGGUUGAGGUCAUCAUGUUCAGGCCAACUGGAAAGGCUCGUGUGAGCAACUUGGAUGAGAGCAUGGCCAUGGAGUUUACUGAUCUCCGGACUCGCGCCAUGUCGUCCGCAGCCAUGAUACGCCAGUCUGUCGCGGCAAAGACGCUGCUCAUCGAGAAUGAAGACGGCAAAGGAUCGACACGCAUGGAGGUCCAAGACUUUAUGAAGCGGUUCCACAUGCAUGCCUCCGAGGACGACAAGACUGGGUCACCAUCAACGGCCUGGGGAACACUCCGCUUCCCUACAAAGGAAGCCACGGCGCCGUACCUCCGCCUGUCAGUGAACGACGACCCGGAGGAUGCCCUGCUGUUUGUCAAGGCCAUGUUGGCGCAGAAGUACGGCGAGACAUACGACCGCCCCAGCCUGAUCCUCAGUGUCACCGGUGGUGCUCGCAACUUCACGCUCCCGCCACGCCUGGAGACGGCCAUUGCCAAAGGUCUUCGCCUUGCCGCACAGCGCACCAACGCCUGGGUCGUCACCGGCGGCACAAACACCGGUGUGAUGAAACUGACUGGCCAGAUUAUGGAGGCCCUCUCCAAGACGCAGUCGCACUUCAUCCCGCCAACCAUCGGCAUCGCUACGUAUGGCGUCAUCAUCGGUGGUGAUGACAUGACUCGGGGUGAACCGCCAAAGAUUGGGCUGGAGUAUGAGAUGCACAAGAAAGACCCGCCCAAGACAACGCCUCUGGACGACAACCACAACCUGUUUCUGCUCGUGGAUGACGGAUCAACCAACAAGUUUGGCAAGGAGAUCAAGUUCCGAGCGGCCUUUGAAAACGCUGCUGGCCAAGCAUUUGCUGCACCAGUCGUCACCAUCGUUGUGCAGGGUGGGCCUGGCACGCUCGGCACUGCACUCCAGGCCGUUCGACAGGGCACACCGAUUGUCGUUGUUGACGGCUCUGGUCUUGCUGCCGACGUUCUUGCAUACGCAUACAACUUCAUGCACAACCCGCUGACGCGCUUCAAGUCGUACACCAUCGACGACCUGCGACAGAAGGUGGCGCAGACGUUCAACCCAAAAUCAUCACAGCAGCUCACCAACCUCCUCGACAGCGCCCUCGAGUGCGUGCAGGAUCCCAACCUGGUGGUGGUGUACAGCCUGCAGGAGAGCGGCAUUGACGAGUUUGACGACUGCAUCCUCAAGGCCAUUUUCUCCAGCCAAGGAAAGCUGGGAAACAAGCUGAAGCAAGCGAUGUACUUUGACCAGCUGGACGUGGCCAAGAGGGCGCUCAGCGAGGCAUCCAAGAACGGCCAGCACAAUGAGAUUGCUGCAUGCAUCAACGACAAUCUAAUGGCUGCGAUGAUGCACAACAAGCCGCAUUUCGUGGAGCUGUACCUUGGCUUUGACGCCAAGAUCUACGAGCUGAAGCCGUCGGAGGAGGUUGCCAAGACGAAUAUCACGGCACUGGACGAGCUGCCCUCGUUUGCGCUCGCCAUCGAGGAGCUCUACAAGCGGGAGGCGAAGAAGCCGCACAGCCACGUGCAGCGCCUCGUCAGCCUCUCCAACACGGACGUCCUUGGCAGGCACUAUCGCGUCAGCACGCAGCGGGGCGACGGUACCACGCGGCGCAUUGGGCGGGAUCUGGCCAACACGCGCGCCUACAACGUGCUCAGGAUGGACCAGAUCUUUGCCCGCCUCGUGUCAAAGGACUUCAGUGUGAACCGCGACUUUACCAUCUACGACUCCAAGUACGACAAGGUCCCCGGCAUUCAGUUCCGUCGCACCGCCCAGGCCUCCCACAUGCUCUUUCUUUGGGCCAUCUGCCUGGACCGGUUCCGCAUGGCGCGGCACUUUUGGCUCAUUGGCGACCAGUCGAUCAUCAACGCGCUGGUGGCGAGCCGCAUCCUGGAGCGGCUCAGCACCCACCGCGCACUGCAGGGGCCACACCUCGCCGAAGAACGUGCCAAGAUGCAGCACAACGCAAAGAAGUUUGAAGAGCUGGCGGUCGGAGUGCUGGGUGAGUGCCACGGCUCAGACUCGCACAUGGCGUCCGAGAUGCUACACUCCAAGAACGACAUGUUCAACAAGAAGAACGCCAUCAACAUUGCAUAUGAUGCAAAGAGCUUGGCCUUCUUGUCGCAUCCGGCAACACAGAGCGUGAUCAACGCUGACUGGUAUGGGCAUCUCAAGUCCGUCACGUCAUUUUGGGCGGUCCUUUUUGCCUUCUUCUUCCCGUUUUUCGUCCUCCCAUUCAUCAACUUCUCCGAAGAUCAUGCAGAGCAGCAGGUUGAGGCGCCGCGCGAUUUCUUCACGGAUGCGCCGCGCUCGUCGCACUCGGCCAACAGCACCACCUCCGGCGCCCACCGCCUCCGCCGCAAGUUUGCAAAGUUCUACUCUGCACCGUACACGCGGUUCAUCUCGGAUCUCCUGUCCCACUUUGUCCUGUGUGUCGUCACCUCGUACUUCGUGCUUGACAAGCUUGAAGACACAAUCAGCGCCAUUGAGUGGAUCCUCCUCGUCUGGUUUGUUGCCCUUCUCCUUGAAGAGCUCAGACAGAUGAUUUUCUGUGACGGCAUUGCGGAGUACAUUUCCGACACUUGGAACCGCCUUGAUCUCAUCAUGAUCACCCUCUUCUUUGUUGGGUUCUUCACCCACGCCAGCGACCCAAGCAAUCAAGACUCAAAGGUGGUGUCCAAGGGCAUCCACGCGUUUCUGGUUGUGGUGCUGUGGUUGCGCUUCAUGCGCUACUACGCCCUCAGCAAGAACCUCGGCCCCAAACUCAUCAUGAUGAUGGAGAUGAUGAAGGACGUGUCCACCUUUGUCUUCCUCCUCCUCAUCUUCCUCAUUGGAUACGGCGUUGCUGCCCAGUCGCUGCUUUCGCCAGAUGAAGAUUUUUCGUCUCGCACGUUUAUCGGCGUGUUGUUCCGCCCAUACUUUCAGAUCUACGGCGAACUGUUCCUGGACGAUCUCAACAGUGAGGCCAACUGCCUCGGUGACACCCCAUUCACAGAGUGUAGUCGCGAGACGGUGCGCAUGGUUCCGUUCUUCCUUGCCGUGUACAUCCUCGGCUCCAACGUCCUGCUCGUCAACCUGUUGAUUGCUAUGUUCAACGACACGUACAUGAAGGUGCAGGAGGCAGCAGAGGACCUGUGGCGGAAGCAAAACUACGAGCUGUGUGCUGAAUACAAGGACCGUCCCUUCCUCCCCGCCCCAUUCAUCCUUCUCGCGCACGUGCACAUGCUCUUCAUGCGCCUUCUCCGUCUGUGCGGUGUUCACACACAGGAGCACGAAAAGAUCCAAGACGAUGAGACGAAGCGAAAGAUCACCACCUUUGAAGAGCUCAACACAGACAAGUUCCUGCGGCGGUGGGAACGCGAGCGCCAAGAGAUGUUAGAGGCGCGCGUCAAGAUGACUAACGACAACGUAGUGCAGGCGAUGGGCAUGAUGGACCAGCUGUUGGAGCACAUGAUCUCGUUCCGCUUUAGUCUCGACCAGCAAGCAACCAAGAUCAAGCAGGAGAUUCGUGACGAUGGCCUCCCCAGCACAGAACCAACCGGCCUCGUCUCGCGCACCCCGUCCCAGCCCAUCAACAGGCUCAACUCCGCAGUGGCUGUCCAUGGCCACACUGCUGAAGCUGCUGAGUGGUAUGUCCCACCGGAGGAGUAUCCCAAAUCUGGUGGCGUGAAGCGCUACCUCAUCGACGCAUCCAUGGUCCCGUUGAGCAUCAUGUGCCCGUCGUACGACCCCGUCGAGUACACGCACCCGUCUGUGGCGGCGCAGCCCGUGUGGGCGGACCCUGCCGACCCGCGUAAGAUCAAGUUCAAUGUGAAGGACGAGGUGAACGGCAAGGUGGUUGAUCGCACGUCGUGCCACCCAAGCGGCAUCAGCAUCGACAGCAACACCGGUCGCCCCAUCAACCCGUGGGGACGCACGGGCAUGACAGGCCGCGGCCUGCUGGGCAAGUGGGGCGUGAACCAGGCAGCGGACACGGUGGUGACGCGGUGGAAGCGGUCACCAGACGGCAGCAUCCUGGAGCGCGACGGCAAGAAGGUGCUGGAGUUUGUGGCCAUUCAGCGCCAAGACAACAAGAUGUGGGCCAUCCCCGGUGGCUUUGUCGACAACGGGGAGGACGUCGCCCUGACCAGCGGCCGCGAGUUCAUGGAGGAGGCGCUUGGCAUGGGCACCAGUGCUGAUUUGAUGUCUGCGGAGAGCAAGGACAGCCUGGCCGCCCUCUUCUCCAGUGGCACGAUUGUGGCCCGUAUUUAUUGCGAGGAUCCGCGCAACACGGACAACGCGUGGGUGGAGACUACGUGCGUCAACUUCCACGAUGAGAGCGGGCGCCACGCCGCAAGGCUCAAGCUCCAGGGCGGCGACGAUGCCGAGCACGCGCGCUGGAUGAUGGUGCACGGCGGCCUCAACUUGUUCGCCUCACACCGCACCCUCCUGCAGCAUGUGACCUCCGCCCUGAACGCGUACUUUUGAGGGCCUUGACGCCAGCGCACGGAUUUGCUUCCGUGUGAUGUGCGUUGUGAUGUGAGUUGUGAUGUGAGUUGUGAUGUGAGUUGUGAUGUGAUUUGCAUCGUGAUGUGUGCGUGUAUGUGUGUGCGUACGUGGGAGUAGAUUUCAGCCGACGUGAUGCUCGGUGUGUGUAUGUGUGUGUGUGUGACUGGGUAUGACUGUGUUUCUCUCUGCUUUAUGCUCCUUGGCUCUCUUACUUUGUCGUUUGCGUGAGAACAAUUCAUCGAGGAUUAACAUCGUGAUAUGUUGCGAA